GGAGCGACACAAGAGGCGGGGGGGUUAAAUGAUGCGCUAAAGGCUAGAUGAGUCUGAGCGGAGUGGGGGAAAGGAAAGGGAUUUGCGGUCUGAAGCGACUGGAUCACUAACACAAAUACGCACUUUUAUUACUGCAGCAACAGGGGCCAAAUUAGAUUAAGCGCAUCCUUUAUGAAGCGGCUGCGGCGGCUCAUAGCUGUUCGGAUUGGCUGAAAACCACGGAACAGUGGAGCAGCGAGGCUACACUGGGACAGGUGCAGUGAACGGUGAUUUUUGUUCUCGGUUUUAAUUGAGACGGAUUUUUUUUUGCGUUUUAAAGAAGUCAUAAUUCCUUUCGUGGUUUGGACUGGUACGAUACAUCCAUUUCCAGGUUUCUAAAUGAACUGAGCCCACGCACAGAUUACUGACUUCCACGGGAAUCCUGUUCCAAGGGAAGCGUCAGGAACUCCUCAGUUCUCCUGGGUUUGUCUGGGCUUUAAAGAGAGGGCGCACCAAAAAUUUUUGGUGCCAUCGUCUGCGCUUUAAAGUCUGACCUGCCUGUUCAACUUCGGGACUCCUCAACAUAACACUCUGUCCACGAUGGACAUCCUGCUGCCGAACCUUAUUGUUCUGGUUAUGCACGUUGUCAGGACGCUGGGGUGCCCAGCAGGGUGUCAGUGUUACAGUCUGACCGUCGAGUGUGGCUCUAUUGGCCUGCGAGAGAUUCCCUCAGAUGUCCCUCCUACCACACAGACCAUUUUCCUCCAAGACAACGCCAUCGGCCAGAUUCGGCAGCAGGAUCUGUUUUGGCUGGGGGAGCUGCACUACCUCUACCUGCAGAACAACAGUAUCUCGGCCCUUGAGCCUGGUGCCUUCCACAGUCAGGGCCAGCUGCUGGAGCUGGCCCUCAAUGGCAAUCGCAUUCACCUGAUCACUGCCGACGUAUUCCAGGGCCUUGAACAUUUGCGUAUCCUCUACCUGGCUGGCAACCAGAUCACACGGCUACAGGACUUCACUUUCCGAGGCCUGCAGAGAUUACAGGAGCUGCACCUGCAGGAGAACAGCGUAGAGCUACUGGGGGAAAAAGCACUGGUGGGGCUGUCCUCACUGGCCCUGCUGGACCUCAGCCGGAACAACCUGCGCACCAUGAGCCAGGGCUCCUUGGGGGCUCUGGUCAGUCUGCAGGUGCUGCGUGUCACAGAAAACCCCUGGCGCUGUGACUGCGCCCUGCACUGGUUGCGCAGCUGGAUCAAUGAAGAGGGCCAGAGGCUGCUGAGCUCAUCGGAGCGUCGGCUUGUCUGCGCAGAGCCCCCCCGCCUGUCCCACCUGAGCCUGGUAGAGGUGCCCGGCAACAGCCUGGUGUGCAUACCGCCCGUGGUGCAACUGGAGCCCAGCCACCUCACCGUGCGGCUGGGGGAGAACCUGCGCGUGUCCUGCCAGGCCUCGGGCUACCCUCAGCCACAGGUAACUUGGCGGAAAGUGUCCCAGGCCAAGUCAGAGUCCUCGCAUAAAGGAAUGGUGGAAAAGGAUGCUGGGGGGGUAACAGCAAGGCCUUGGAAAAGUGUCCGUGGGGAACAUUUUGAUCCAGACACGGGCAGCGGGAUGCUGUUCCUCAGCAACGUCACAGUGGCGCACACCGGCCGUUACGAGUGCGAGGCUUGGAAUCCGGGUGGCGUGGCCCGAGUCACAUUUUACCUCUCGGUCAACCUAUCGUCCACCUCGCAGCGCUCGCAUGCCUUCCCAGCCGUGGACAUCAGCCAGGAGCCCCUCUACGAGUUAGAGAGCAUGGACUUCAAUGCGCUCAGCAUGGCCACCCAAACCACAAUCGCUGUCGGCAUCUCGCUGCUGGCCCUCACUGCCCUGCUGCUCAUCGCCAUGAUCUACAGCCGCCACCAGCAGCGCAAGAAGGGUCACAAGGAGGAGAGCAUCCUCUACGUCAACGACUACUCCGAUGGGCCCACCACUUUCGCCCAGCUGGAGGAGUACCGAGAUGAGCGCGGGCACGAGAUGUAUGUUCUUAACCGCAGCAAGCCCGUUUUCCCGGCCAGCUACCCGCAGCAGGGGGCGCUGUCCCCCUCUGAGCCCCUGCAGGACCAAGCCACUCAGACUGUGGAGGCUGGGGCUGGGGAUGGGAGGGAGGGGCCGGACGGAGAGGGCCUGUUCCUCAACCAGAGCCUUCUGUUUGACACGCAGAUCGCUUACGAGAUACACUGCUGAGGAAUGCAGGGGGCCAAACUCAGACUCUCUCGUGUGACGUAAAAACAAGAGGGAACGAUGGGGGUGGCUUCGCUUUAUUUCAGGGAAAAAGGGAUUUGUUUUUCAAUACAACAAGAACUAUCCCUUGAGGGAAAAAACAGGAAGAAUUUGUACACUAACAAAAAUUGUGUUAAGCUCUUUAAAAGCAAUGAAUUGUUCUGGCUUUUUUCAAACCCACCAGUUUGGAGACAUUGUGGUGCUGGUAAAACAAAAUAAUGCCGGGAGAAACAGAAUGAUGUGCAGUUUGAGUUUUUAAAAAAGUUGUGCUGCUCUUUGGCAACCCUGACCCUGCUUGGGGUAAGGAACUUUUUUGAAGUAGUAAAGCGACUUUUUUAUGUGUAACUUAAGGCUUUGCGGUCAUGCCAGUGUCUCUUGCUGCGUGAUCUUGGAAGUUUCCUUUCUUAGUUUUUAAAAUAAUGUUUAUGUUUAAAAAUCCACAAAAUUAUCUUAAGUAUUUUUGAAAAUGUCACUGGAGUCAAGGAGGUAUUUAGAAUACCAAAGGAGGGAUGUGGAGUUAUUUUUAAUAAAUACAAAAUACAUCUUGAAUUGUCUUUGUUUAAACAAGUUUUGAUAUUUCAAAUAGCAGUGGUUGGUGUUAUUUUGUUUCUGCAUCUGUGCAUCAUCAUAAUUAUUAUUAUUAUUAUUAUUUUAUUAUUAUUUCAUCCUAUCAAAGGCAGUUUGUCAAAUGUGGAGUGUUUGGAAUGCAUUCACAUUGCAUUCUUACAAGUCUGUAUCAACCAUAUCUGCCUAAUGAGACCAAUUCACUCCCAAUUAUACCAUACUUGAGAAACAAUAAAAAAGUAAUAUUAGAGGUUUACUGCUUGCAUAUGGUAAAUCACCCUUUUCAAAUGGAAUAGUUCUGCUAAAGCUGGGUCAGUUUGGUUGUCUUUUCUCUGUCAUAGAUGGUCCUAUGAAAACAAUAGUGCUUACCAUCACAGUCCAAGUCAGGUUUUUUUUUUUAAAUGUUGCUUUAAGACCUGUAUCUUUCCUUUCAGUAUGUGCAAAUGCCCAGUGCUUAAUCUGUAAACCAUGAGGUUCCAGAGUCUAGUGUGAAUGGGAGAUAGUAAAUUAUAAGGGGCAGCAGAGGUCCAGGAGUCCAUAACAGUGACAAGCAUAACUCCAAACAUCAGUGUAACAAAAAGCAUAAUUACUGUCACUAGACAAUCGACAAUCACUGUCGAUAGACAAGCUUACAGGGUUUACUUAAAACAAUUUUUAGUUAGUAAUUUCACAAACCAUAAUCAUGUUCUAUCAGGUCUACUCUAUUUUUUUUUAAAGAUUUUGACUCUUGAUUUUUCUGUAGGGUUUCAAAAUCUGACUGUAUUAUCUCCACUGGCCUAUAUUGUAAGUAGCCCAGCGUAAACAUACAAUUUUAUUUUAAAGGUAAAAUUCUUGUCUCUUUUUCAGUAUUUUCAUUAAAAACACCAUUUAAUCAGAUUCCUUCUGAAGAAUGUG